ACAACCACACGCAACUUCAAAUACUUAAGUUUUCAGAAGUGAUUUUCCGGAACAGCUGUGACGUCACUGAGUGAACGGCAAAAUGGCAGCCACUGGGGUGUUACCGUUUGUCAGAGGCAUAGAUUUCACACGAAAUGAUUUUCAGUGUGGUUCCUUCCCUUCUCAAGUGGCGGAUAUGGCUGGUUUGAGAUGGCUUCGUCUCAACAGAACCAGUUUAACUGAAGUCCCAGAAGAAAUUAAUAAUUUGAAAAAAUUGGAACAUUUAUCUGUAUGUAGGAACCAAAUCAAUGAACUAAGUCUUAAGCUUGGUGAGUUAAAGUCUUUGCGCUCCCUUGUCUUUCAUCACAACAAACUUUCGGACAGUGGUAUUCCUGACUCCGUUUUUAGCUCUCAGGAACUAACAGUUGUGGAUCUGAGCCAUAAUAAUUUAGUGGAAGUUCCAGAACAGUUGCAAAAUGUUAAAGGUUUAUUAGUUUUGAAUCUUAGCCAUAAUGAAAUUGAGAACAUACCAAAUCUUCUAUUUGUUAAUUUGAUUGAACUUAUUUACUUGGAUCUCAGUAACAAUAAUUUAGAGACUCUUCCACCCCAGAUACGACGCCUAACAAGUUUACAAACUUUGAAACUGAACAACAAUCCUUUAAUUCAUGCUCAGCUGCGCCAAUUACCAGCAUUGACUUCUUUAACAACACUACACAUGAAGAAUUCAGAGAGACGUCUCAGCCAUUUCCCACCAACACUGGACACUUUAGCCAAUCUUCAAGAUAUUGAUCUGUCAAGCAACAAUUUGCCCAAAAUACCCGAAGCUUUAUACAAACUUAAAACUCUCAAAAGAUUACAACUAUGUGACAAUGAAAUAACAGAGCUGUCCUCAUUAAUUGAUACCUGGGUAAACUUGGAAAUGCUAAAUCUUUCCCGUAACAAAUUGACUGCUCUACCUUCUUCACUGCAUAAACUUGGUUCUCUUAAGAAACUAUAUGUGAACAGUAACAAACUGGAUUUUGACGGCAUCCCUGCUAGUAUUGGAAAACUGCAUAAUCUGGAAACUUUCAGUGCCACUGACAACAACCUUGAGAUGAUUCCUGAAGGACUUUGCAGAUGUGGUAAACUAAAGAAACUUCUUCUAAGUCAAAAUCGCCUGAUCACUCUUCCAGAUAUUCUUCAUUUACUGCCAGAACUUGAGACACUGGAUGUACGGGAUAAUCCAGAUUUGAUAAUGCCUCCUAAACCAGAAGAAAUCCGGAUGCGCAAAGAAUUUUACAACAUUGACUUUUCAUUAGCAAAUCAGUUACGUUUAGCAGGUGCUGCAGCUCCCCCUCAGACAGAACAAACACCAGCACCCAAGGAUUCAAUUGCUCGAAAGCUGAGAUUGAGGCGACGGCGGGAUGGACAGGAUGAAAGUGAAAAAGUGUUAAAGGGAAUGAGGGAUGUGGCAAAAGAUAAAGCUGCUGGGAAGGCUAUUGUUGAAGAAGAACCAGAAUUACUCAAACCAAAACGUUUUGAAGAUACUCUAGAGAAACAUCAACUUGACUAUAGUCAAAUCUUUGAUGAUGACAUUGGACAGAUUCCUGGCUUAACCUGUUGGGAAAUGGAGAAUUUCCUCCCCAACCAAGUUGAAGAUAGUCUAAUUGGUAAAUUUUAUGAAGCUGACUGUUAUAUUAUAUUAUGGACAUUCUUUGAAGAAAAUAGAACAUUAAGCUGGCAAAUAUAUUAUUGGAUUGGUGAUAAAGCUCCACUUGACAAAAAAGCUUGUGCUGCCAUACAUGCUGUGAACCUUCGAAAUUUGCUUGGAGCCGAAACAAGAACCAUUCGUGAAGAGAUGAAUGAUGAAGAUGAUGACUUCUUAGAUUUAUUUGAGAAUGGUAUUUCGUACAUUGAUGGGGGGAGGACAGCUAGUGGUUUUUAUACAGUUGAAGAUAUUGGAUUCGAUAAAAAACUGUAUCGUACAUCAGGAACUUUAAAAUUACAUUUGGAAAGAUGUGAUAUGAAUGCUACUGCAUUAGAUCCUCGCUUUGUAUUCUUGUUUGAUACUGGUCUCACUAUUUAUAUUUGGGAGGGCCACAAAGCAAAAGGUGUAACCAAAACAAAGACCAGGUUAAUUGCUGAGAAAAUCAAUAAAAAUGAAAGAAAAAACAAAGCUGAAAUAGUGAUGCUAAAACAGGGUAUGAAUGAUACUGACUUCUGGAGAAAGAUUGGAGGUCUACACGCUUCAUACCAACUCAGAAGGUUAGCAAGAAAUGAAGCUUUAGAUUUGAAGGAACAUGUGCCAAUUGAUUUUGAACCCCACCAGCCUCGUUUGUAUCGUGUGGGACUUGGAAGAGGUUAUCUAGAACUACCACAAGUUGAAGUUCAUCAUGGUCGACUAGAACAGAAGCUACUUGAUACAAAAUGUGUAUAUAUCCUGGAUUGUAAUACAGACUUAUUUGUCUGGAUAGGGAAGAAAUCAACUCGGCUUGUUCGUGCUGCAGCUUUGAAAUUAUCUCAAGAAGUCUGCGGUAUGCUGAAACGGCCUUCUUUUGUGACUGUCACAAGAUGUCUUGAAGGAACUGAACUACAGAUUUUUAAAACCAAAUUUGUUGGUUGGGAUGACAUCAUUGCUGUUGACUAUACCAGGUCUGCAGAAUCAGUCAUUAGGAGAGGUGCAGAUAUGAAGGUGAUAAUGGAAAGAGACAAAAUCAAAACAGAUUUAUCUGCUCUGUUUAUUCCACGACAACCUGCUAUGUCACUUGAAGAAGCAGAACAAUUAUCUCAAGAGUGGAAUGAAGACCUUGAUCAAAUGGAAUCUUUUGUAUUAGAAGGAAAGAAAUUUGUCCGUCUACCUGAAGAAGAAUUUGGUCAUUUUUACAGUGAAGACUGCUAUGUUUUCUUGUGCCGCUACUGGAUACCAGAGGAGUAUUCAGAAGACGAGGAAGAAAACAAUGAAGAAAGUAAAGCUGAACUUUCAGAGGAAGACUUCAAAUGUAUUGUCUACUUUUGGCAGGGAAGAGAUGCAAGUAACAUGGGUUGGCUUACCUUUACUUUCAGCUUACAGAAGAAAUUUGAAAGUCUGUUUGGUGAUAAACUUGAAGUUGUGCGUACACAUCAACAACAAGAAAAUCUGAAAUUCCUCUCUCACUUUCAUCGCAAGUUUGUAAUCCAUAGUGGCAAGCGAAAAUUACCUGGUGCUCCAGCUGUCAAACGGGGUGUUGAGAUGUUCCAUUUACGUGCCAAUGGCAGCCCUCUAGCUACUCGCUGCAUACAGAUCAAGCCAGAUGCCUCUCUACUUAAUUCACAUUUCUGUUACAUACUAAAAGUACCAUUUGCCAGUGAAGAUUUACAAGGGAUCGUGUAUGUUUGGAUUGGGACUAAAGCUGAUCAUGAAGAGGCAAGAUUAGCUGAACAAAAUGCUUACAAUAUGUUCAAAGAAAACUUUACAAUUCAAAUGAUUAAUGAAGGAGAAGAACCUGAAAACUUCUUCUGGGUUGGCAUUGGAGGUCGUAAACCUUAUGAAAGAAGUGCAACUUUCAUGCAGUAUGCACGUCUUUUCCGCUGCUCAAAUGACAAAGGCUAUUUUACUGUAUCAGAGAAGUGUGCCGACUUUUGUCAGGAUGAUUUGGCAGAUGAUGAUGUCAUGAUCCUUGACAAUGGAGAAAAUGUAUUCCUCUGGGUUGGUCGUAAAACCAGUGAUGUUGAAAUUAAGUUAGCCUUCAAGAGUGCACAGGUGUACAUACAACACAUGCGCAAUAAGCAGCCUGACCACAAGCGUGUCCUAUUGUUUGCUCCCAAAUAUCGUGAAAACAAAAAGUUUACCAAGUGUUUCCAUGGUUGGUCUAAAUACAAAGAGGUUUUGAGUUGAAUUUUUUGCUGCUGUUCUACCAAGAACAAAUAUAAUUGUACAGUUGACAUAUAUAUGUAUUUAUAUAUAUAUAUAUACAUACAUAUGUGAUGUGAAUGUUCAUAGUCUCUUGCAGUUUGGAGAUUUAAUCAUUCUCAAAUGAGAUAAACUGUUAUUAAAUGUGCAGACUGCAAAUAGACUGAAAAUGCUUAUUAAAAAAGUUGCAUUGCAUAAUUUAGUAGCUUUGUUGAAACCCUUUAUGUGUGUGUGUGUGUGUGCAUAUGCACACACACAAUAUAUAUGUCUGUAUAUAGUGCGUGCAUGUGUGUUUAUAACAGUACUAUCUAGGCUGGUGUCUGACAGUUGUUAUUUCUGAGUGGUUGAUGUGAAGAUGGCAAUACCAGACCAGUCAUUGACAAUACUGAGUAUCUUGGCAAUUCUCCUUGGGUUUGAAACUUUAGUAAAAACUGUGAACUGCUUGUUUGUUUGUUUAAUUAUUUGAAUAGUGGUAUUAAUGAUUAUUAUUGUGAUAAUUAUGCUAAUGGUGAAAGGAAUAUAAGCAAUGAUAAUUUCUACAUAAAUAAAAAUAUAUUUGGAAAAUUUAACAAUAUCAAAACCAUGAAUGUGUAUGCAUGCAUGUAUGUAUGUAUGUAUGCAAUGAAACUUGUUGCUUGAACAAUCAUUCGAUUGGAGUAACAAAAGCGUUGUGUUGACGAUUAUAAUGAUGGUGGUGGUGACAAUUAUGAUGUCAGCAAUUAUACAUGGCUGCAUCUUCUCUUAUAUAUUUAUUGUGAUAAGUUGGCUGUUUGUAGCAUGACUAAUUAAUUAAUUACAUUGAGCAUGGCAGACAGGCAUUAAUUGUUUUCUUUAAAAAGAAAUGUUAACAUUAGAAGAAGCAGGUAAGGUGUCAAACAUUACUAAUGUCCAUAUUGUAUUGUGACCCUUACACUGCUUCCUUACAAAACAACUCUACUU